AUGUGCAUCGAAAAAGACAUAUUCUUCCAGGAAGCAGAAAAGUCAACCUCGCUCAAAGCGCCACUGGACUCAAAAUCUUUCUUUCCCAAGGCGACUCUACCACCUCAUUUUCUCGUCAUGACACUUGAGAGGCCAGAUGCUGUCCGCUGUCAAAGCUCUCUGCACGCAGUCCUGUUAAAGACCCACGCAAGGCACGGCACGCUAAACUUAAUCACCAAAAUAUUUGAAAUCCUCCGUACAUCCCCUUCCUGUGCAGUUGAUGGGGGCGGAAAACGCCGUCGCUUUCAUGGGUAUGGACAACCUGCCCCUUUUGUGAUCACUAGCUCAACCGAGGAUUUGUCUGGUCGACAGCCAACGUAA